GGCCCGGGGGUGCGGCGAGGCCGGGCCCGAGCGUGCGGGAGCCCGGGGCGAGGAUGGCGGAGGAGGAAGGAGACGGCGCGCGGGGCCCGCCGCAGCCCGAGGCCGCGGGACGGAGCUGCGGGGGUGCGGGGGGCGCCGAGGCCUCGGGCGGGCGCGGGCGCGGCGGGACCCCCGAGGCGGGGCGCGAGGCGGGCCCAGGGCCAGCUGGUGAACUGCGCCAGAGAAAGAAGCCCCAGCCUCUGGAACAGAAGGAUGCCGCCAAGGAGGGGAGCGCCCCGACUGACAGAGCACCCAGGCACGUGCUGUUCCAGCGCUUCACCAAGAUCCUCAUCGGCUGCCUGGCCGCCGUGACGAGCGGCAUGAUGUACGCGCUCUACCUGUCCGCCUACCACGAGCGCAAGUUCUGGUUCUCCAACCGGCAGGACCUGGAGCGGGAAGUCACCUUCCAGGGCGACAGUGCUGUUUACUAUUCCUACUACAAGGACCUGGUCAAGGCGCCGUCCUUCGAGAGAGGCGUGUAUGAGCUGAUGCACAACAACCGGACCGUGUCGCUGAAGACCAUCAAUGCCAUGCAGCAGCUGUCCCUGUACCCCGAGCUCAUCGCCAGCGCGCUCUACCAGGCCACGGGCAGCAGCGAGGUCGUGGAGCCCGUGUACUUCUACAUUGGCAUCGUGUUCGGCCUGCAGGGGAUCUACGUGACGGCUCUGUUCGUCACGAGCUGGCUCCUGAGCGGCACGUGGCUGGCGGGGAUGCUCACGGUCGCGUGGUUCAUCAUCAACCGGGUAGAUACCACAAGGAUCGAGUACUCCAUCCCUCUCAGAGAGAACUGGGCUCUGCCAUACUUUGCAUGCCAGGUCGCGGCACUCACGGGCUACUUGAAAAGCAACUUAAAUAGUUACGGAGAGAGGUUCUGCUACCUGCUGAUGAGCGCGUCCACCUACACGUUCAUGGCCAUGUGGGAGUACAGCCACUACCUGCUGUUCCUGCAGGCCGUCUCGCUCUUCCUGCUCGAGAGCACCUCCCUGCACCAGCAGGGCAAGGUCCAGGAUGUGUACAAGAUCUACAUGUUCUCUCUCUUCCUGGGCUACUUGCUGCAGUUCGAGAACUCGGCCCUGCUGGUGUCACCCCUGCUGAGCCUCGUGGUCGCCUUAACGCUCGCCAAGUGCCUUCAGCUGAACGUGAAGAAAGGCACGUUCGCAGCUAAGAUCAUGAGCGUGAUUCACUUCUACCUGGUGUGUGCCCUGACGGUGGCCGUGCACGUCCUCCUGAAGACUUUCGUGCCACACAAGGAGAACGGGCACAUGCUGCGCUUCCUGGAAGUCAAGUUCGGACUGAAUCUGACCAGGAACUUCACCAUGAACUGGCUCCUGUGCCAGGAGGCCCUGCAGGCGCCCUCCCAGGACUUCUUCGUGCGGCUGACGCAGUCCUCCCUGCUGCCCUUCUACGUGCUGGUGCUGGCCGUCUGCUUCCUCUCCAUGGUGCAGGUGAUGCUGCGGAGGCUCAGGGGUGAGUCGCUGAGGGAGAGUUCGGCCCUAGAGGACGGGCGGAUCGGAGAGAGGCCCGAGAUCAUCUACCACGUGACCCACACCCUCCUCCUGGGCUCGCUCGCCAUGGUCAUCGAAGGCCUGAAGUUCCUAUGGACGCCCUACGUGUGCAUGCUGGCCGCGGCCGGCGUGUGCUCCCCGCAGCUCUGGACCACGCUCUUCAAGUGGCUGCGGCUGCGAACUGUCCACCCGGUCCUGCUGGCGCUUAUUCUGAGCAUGGCCGUGCCCACCAUCAUCGGCGUCAGCUUGUGGAAAGAGUUUUUUCCGAGGCUGAUGACAGAGUUGAUGGAGCUCCAAGAGUUCUACGAGCCCGACACGGUGGAGCUCAUGACCUGGAUCAAGAGGCAGGCUCCAGUCGCAGCUGUGUUUGCUGGCAGCCCCCAGCUGAUGGCCGCCAUCCGACUGUGCACCGGCUGGAUGGUGACCAGCCUGCCACUGUACAGCGACGAGGACCUGCUCCGGAGGAACGAGAAUAUCUAUCAAAUCUACUCCAAACGCUCCGCUGAGGACAUUUAUAAAAUCCUGACCUCAUACAAGGCAAAUUACCUCAUUGUAGAGGACGCUAUCUGCAACGAGGUGGGGACCACCAGGGGCUGUCGGGUCAAGGAUCUGUUGGACAUCGCGAAUGGCCACGUUGUUUGCGAGGAAGGUGACAAGUUAACCUACUCGAAGUACGGGCGGUUCUGUCACGAGGUUAAGAUUAACUACUCGCCCUACGUGAACUACUUCACGCGCGUGUACUGGAACCGGUCGUACUUCGUGUACAAGAUCAACACUGUGAUAUCCUUUCAGUCCUGAUCGGGAGAGAGCCCCCUGUGGGCCUCCUGCGACCACUGCGCCCUGUCACUCCUUCCUGUCACUGGUGACAGUUUCCUCAGAGCGCUCCGUCCUGUCAGGACAUCCAUCUGGAACUGGAAUAUUUUCAAGGCCGGAUUCUGACGCAUCCCUAAUAGGACAGCUAAUAAGUACCUCAUGGGACAUCACUGCGGCCACCUGGACCCGCAGAGCAGUUUCCCAAAGUGAUUCUGGUCACAGGAGAACUGCAAGAUUCCAAUAAACAGUACAUGGCGGCUGAAACGCACGUGUUUACAGCGAGGUAGAAAGUCUAUAAUGGAAAGUGAUUUUUAGGGAGAUAUAUCAAGAUUUAUCCGAGUGUCCCGAAAUGCCGCUCUCCUUACCUGCUGCUUACCUAAAUGAACACUUCCUUCUUGGUCUGUAGUGCAUGAAAUAGUAUUUUAUGGUUGUCUACUGAGUGAUUAGUUUUUCACUUCUGUUCCUAAAUUUGAUACCAGUUUAAUCAUAACAAAGCAGUAACUUUUGUCAUCUAUAUAUUUUUGAACUAGACACAUCAGAGGUUACUGCUCAGGUUUCUAAGAACUCUUGACAUGGGUUAUAUAAUCAACCCACAUGCUUUCUACUGAAGUACUGAGUAAAAAUUUCCCUCAGAAAAAAAUAUGUAUACUAAGAAUGGGCGAGUUCAUUUUGAGCUGGAAAUAGUGCCGUUCACUGGACCUCUGUCCGGAGACGCAUCUGCAGUGGGGAGGCACAGGUGCUUUCCCACGGGCUGUGACGCCGUCCCCAGUCUCGACAGUGACAGCUGUAACUCGGCGCGGUUUCUCCAUCUGAACGCUAAGUUCCUCUACGGUGUUGUCUGCAUAUUCGAAAUGAUUCUGUGAAAUUCUCAGAUGAGACAUUUUGGCCUUUUUAGAGGGAGUCGGGAGUGGGGCAGGAGAGAGCACGGCAGGCGGAGCGCUUGCCUGGCAUACGGCUGGCCCGGUUCUGUCCCUGCACCCCAGAUGGGUCCCCCGAGCACUGCCGGGAGCAACCCCGUGUGGCCCAAUAGAAAAGCAAGGCAGUCAGGCUAAACCUGGAGAUGUUCCGGCUCCCCGACCCAGUGCUGGGGCGUCCUGUGGCCACCCUGGACAGGUCAUUUCCAUAAGAAGAGACUCAGACCCUCUGCCCUGUGGCAGGCAGGUUUCCGGAGGGAGAGGCUUUGCCGACAGGGACCCCUGCCGCCCUCCCAGGCCUCCUGACCCGCCCAGGGCCCUGGUGCUUUGCAAUUUGGAAUUGUUCGGCUGUUUAACUGCAGCGUCACCCUGGCGAGGUCAUUUUAUGCUUCUCACUUGAUGCUUUUAGAGAUACUUUGUAAUGGUUCCAUUAAGGUGGUACAGGCGGAAUAGCACAGCCAGGAGAGCAUUUGCCUGGCAUGUAGCCAACUGGGGUUUGAUCCUCGGCAUCCCAUGUGGUCCCUAAGCACUGCCAGGAGUCAGCCCUGAGCAUCGCCAGGUAUGGCCCAGAAACAAAGAAGAGUCUCUUAGGUUUUCAGUUGCGCGCUUGUUUCAGGCCGAGAGAGCACUCCGUGCGCAGAGCAGGUGCCCAUGCAUGUGGUCGAACACGGGGACCGCGUGUUGUGACCCCUGGCAUGUUCUGAAGGGGACAUCGGAACUGUGCCUUCCAUGUGGCGUUAACUAUCUCAUGAAAUUGUUGCUGAUUUAUAUUGUGAUCAAAUAUCCUAAGACUUUGAUUGUUGUGGGUUUUGCUUUCUGUUUUGUUUUUUUUGGGGGGGGCACAGCAGGUGGUGGUCAGGGGCCACUUCCGACUUGGUGCUUGGGGGUUGCCCCCAGUAGACCUUGUGGUGCCGGGGUGGAAACGGGGCCCCUGCACGCAGGACCUGCACGCCAGCCCCUUGAGCCACCGCCCCGGCCCCUGGUUUGUGUUGUUUUCGACAUAGUCCUGAGAUACUUUUCCCUUCUGUUCAUUUAUAUCUUAAGUAGAUUUGGGGACUUUUUAAAAAUUAAAUUGUAAAUGUUUUCAUUGAGCACCAGUCGAAAAGGACAAUGUAAGCUUUAUUAUAGAGAUAAUAAUAUUUGGCUUGCAGGUGAGCUAAUACACUUCCGUUCUGACCAGGGUCGAGAGCAACACAGAACCCCCCUCCUCCCACCCCCGUGACCAUUCCUUCCCGGUGAAGUCCUGGGCUUGGGGUUCAUUUAGAGUCCUUAGGGGUACCGAGAACACCCUGGGCGAGGCUGAAGGAGUCAGUCCCUGCAGUUCGGGUGGAAGAACAUUCUGGAGGAAGUGCAGAGGACUCCUGUCCCUGAGUUGCAAGCUCAUUGAGAUAAGUGCCUUAACUUCUUUAUUUCUAAGUUUACUUUGAUGGUCAGCAGAGUCCUGCUCGUUUCCUGGCUGCAAGGCCUUGGGGACUCUUCCCUCAGCCUGGUUCACGCCAGAGUCGCUCCUGUGUGGUUUUUACUGUUCCAUUUCCACACGCAUGUGCACCUUCCCGGAAGAGUGUGGAGUGGGCUUGGCGUUGCCAGCUAGCUCGGUUAGCCAGCUCUUCGAUGUCCCUUCCCUGCUGCCGGGGGAGGACAUUGACGAGAGCCAGCUGUCCAGUCUCCUAACAUUGGCAUCUAGAUUUGGGGUGCUUUUGUGGAGCUGGUAGUUUUGCAGCCAGAAGUGUUUGCCUUGUACCUCAAAGCGACUUGCUCCUCCGUUCCCAGCUCUGGCCAUGUGCAGAGCCUGCAUGUCCCACGCAGGACAUGCCCGGAUUGCCCUGCACUCCCGAGGGCCUGGGCUAGAGGCAGAGGAAGCAGAAACGCAGGCGGGCGUACCUGGGCCCGACUCCAGGCCCCCGAGGCAGAAGGGGCCAGUUUCUUGCCCAUCAGGCCCAGUCCCCUUGGUUGUUGGAGAAAUCAGUGGUUCAGAAGCCCUUCAGAUUUUCGAGUUGUUAAACAUUUUGAAGCUUUUUGUGGAUGAAAGUGUGUCUCUGUAACACCGAGGGGGUUUCUCAAAGUUGGAUGGAAGUUGAUUUGGAGGGGUAAAGUUAAAUGAAAAAAUAUUUAAAGAACAUGUUAUGAACUAUUCUGUGUAUUUAAGGACCUUCUGUGAAGCAAAUAACCACUUUCUGAUUUAAAUUUCAGUAUAUUGUCUCUUCAUUUGUCCGGUAUAAACAGUACGCCAGAGCCACUCUCGUUGGUGUCUGCUAAUAGUUUCAAAUUCCAGUCUGUAUUAAAAUCAUAGCUCUAAAAAAGUUGCAAGUAAAAUUGAACAGUUUUUUAAAUAGGAAUAUAGCUCAUUUUUAAGGGUUUAUUUUUUUUCUUUUUGGGUCACACCCGGCGAUGCUCAGGGGUUACUCCUGGCUUUUCACUCAGGAAUUACUCCUGGCGGUGCUCGGGGGACCAUAUGGGAUGCUGGGAAUCGAACUCGGGUCAGCCGCGUGCAAGGCAAAUGCCCCACCCGCUGUGCUAUCGCUCCAGCCCCAUCAUUUUUAAGUUUUUUUUUAAAUAUCUUAGGUAAAAUUAGAUCUCAACAUGUCAAAGGAAUAUAUUUGACUCCACUGUUUAGAUCCACUAAAGUUUAUGAUUAUACUUAGUGUUUCCCAUAAUUUAAAAAAUGGGGAGUGUUGUAGUACCAGAUUUGCAUUUGGUUGCCAUCCAGGGCGUCUGUGAAUCAUUUCUCUUUCUGGGUCCCUGGGCACUUCCGCCUGCUAUCCUCGCUGUGAGAGACCUGGAGCUCCGGAGGUACGUGUCCCCUCAGCAGGAGCACUGUGUCCGGAGCCUUGCCUUCCUAAGCCAAUGUGAGACAAGAGCAGGAGCCCUUCCAUGUGGGCAUCACUUCCCAAACCGCCCAGCACUCCUCUUGUACGUGUACCUCCUUUGCAAAAGGAAGACGUUUAUUUCAACAAAUAGAAAUCAUAAGAAGAGUGGGUCAUAAGCUAGUGAACUUUGGAUUUUGUGACAUUAAAUGUUGUUUUUUUCAAGCAUGAAGUGAUUUACUUAAUGCUUACACUACUUGUUUUGUUUUCACAAUAAAACCCUUUUUAGAA